AUGCCUCCUCACACAACUUUACAAUAUACCAUGCCUUCCAAUACCACUACAAAUUCAAAGCCAACUUCAAUCACAUCUUCAAGCGGUAUUACUCAGUUAGCCGCAACUCCCAAACCUUCAAACACCAACGCAACUACUCGGCAAAGGAGGGCAACCUCUGCAUCGUCCUACGUUUUUGCACCAAGUUGGUUAAUAAAUAAUAAAACCGUGCCUGCGGUAACCGAAGGAAAAUCUACGAAGGAGGAUGCAAAAGGAGUGGGUUCGUCUAAGAAGGAGGAGUUGGGUGUUGUUAAGCAGGUGAAAGAUGGAAACUCUUCUCUUAGCAGCUUUGCACAUGCGUCAGCCAAUGGCUCCGCGCAGUUAACUUCCAUUCGAACAAAGCCGAAAGAUUUUUCUAGCUCUCGCUUGAAAACUUUGGAAGAGACUGAUGGAAAUGAGGAAGUAGCUAAGACGCUUCACGGGCGAUCACGUUCUGUGUCUCAAACGAACUCGUCGACCAUUUCGUCUUCGCCGUCAAGUUUUGAUCGGAAUUUUCCUACCCUUGCAAAAAAGAAACAAUUCCCGUUGUCUGUUGACCUUCAAACAAAAGGCGUCGAUAACAUGUGGG